GACAUGCCAGGCUAAAAUAUUUAAAAUUUUAGAGUUGAAGUGGUGCGAAAUAAGAAUGUUCCUGAAUUUGGACCUGCUAUUCCCAGUCCGGGCUUAAUUUACGACGAAGAAGAAUUGCGUGAAUUUCUCAUUCUAAAACUGAUUAACGGAGAAAAUGCUGCUUUGAAAUCUGAAAAGUUCGCGGUGCCAAACAGCAAAGCGCGUGCGAGUCUUUUGCAGAAUCUUGUAAGCAAGGGUUUAGAAGUUUCGCCGGUCAAUGUGACGAGUACCUUCAGUACAAGCCGGCUUUCGACCACCGAUUCCAAUUUGGUGGGUAAGAUGGCUUUGAGGAACCAUUAUCAUGGUGAACGUCCCAAAUCCGCAGGGGCAACACGUGGUUCAAUCCGUGAUUACCGUGCUGGAGCGGACAAGGAUCACUUGGACCAAGGCGGUGAAAGCCCGCUCGAUUCGGCCAUUCCACCUAUCCCUACCGCCUCUCGAUCCACUAUUUUGCAGGACCUAAAACGCUUUGCUCGUCGACGAAGCGUCGGCAGUUUGCUGCCUUCUCAGAAACCACCCGUCGCUUCAAAUUUGGACAAGGAAGAUGCAUCCAAUUUGCCUGCCAAUGAAAAGAAUGGAUCUCCGCAAACCAAGACGUCAUGCCCCCGAAUUUCCACCAGAAGCUCGAUGAGUGCCAGUCGCACGUACCAUUCUUUGCCGUCAUCGACAAAUCUCGACGGCAGUAUCCGUUCGCGAGCACAACAUCUGAUGACGAGUGUGAUGGGUCGAAGAAGCUCGUCCCAGAAUGGUACAAGCUCCCUAACAAUGGUGACACCAAGUCAGUCAAGGUUAGCCAAGAAAGCGGUGGAAGGAAAGACAAACGAACGAUUGCAAAUGAUCGCCAAUGCAGACGCUAUUUAAUGCAAAGUCCUACUCUACCUUUAACCCUUUAUGCCAUCGAUUGUAGAGAAAUGCCAUUUACAGUAUAUUACAAGUCGAACUUAGAAACAGCGAUCAUUAACACGAGUAUUUAUUUGAUUUACUUUUGUACAAAAGAAAAGGGGGAGGGG